CUUGAAAUAAUCACCCUCUUCUCGAAUUGGUCAAGGCACAACAGAGCAAACAUGCAAAAGAAGAUCCAUCUCGCCAUCAUCGACGCGGAUAUCCCCGCUCCGGCAUUAUACGCCGCGCGGGGAUUAUACAGUGCACAAUUCGAGAAAAUCCUCCAGAAAGCAGUGACUCAACUGAGUCACAUAAAAGAAUAUGAAAAAUACGACAUUAAACUGCAUGUCACUGCAUAUGACUUGCUGGCAGGCGUAUAUCCUCCACUCGAGCACCUUCGAACAACCACAAAUGAAACAACCAAAGAUGACCCUAUCGAUGCUAUUCUCAUAACUGGUGCUCCGCCAGGUGCCUACGAAACAGAUAAAUAUCCCUGGAUUGUUGAUCUGGAAAAGUACAUUCGGCAUAUAUUCGACAAGUAUCCAUGUGUUCGCAUGCUUGGAUCGUGCUUUGGACAUCAAGUCAUUGCUCAGGCUUUAUUACCGAAUGAUGUUAUCGUUGAAAAAUCUCUAUUGGGGCGUGAGGCUGGGUUAUAUACAAUCCAGACAGAUCCAGCAUUUGCAAAAUGCUUUCCAAUUCUUUCUACGUUACCAUAUGGUGUGACGUUACAGAUGAUGCAUGGGGAUUGGGUGAUUUCUAGAUCUGGGAGAGAUACGAAUGGCAUCAAUGAAGCAUUAUCUGCAAAUCUCCCUUCGCCAUGGAUGAGGACAGGAUACACCGACAUUUGUCCUAUACAAGGACUCUACUACCCAGGGCGGAUUCUAACAAUUCAAGGACACUUUGAACAGGAUGGAUUUGCCAUGAAGGAAAUGUGUAUGGAAUUUUCCUCUAACUUGAAAUGGUCGCAAGAGUAUCUGGACUCUGCCCUUCAGCGGAUUAACCCCGAUCCAUCACAUUAUGAAGACAAUGCAGAUAUGGUGGCGAUGAAUGUGGUUCUGUUUCUCGCUGGAAUUGAAAACGAUUCGAAACAAUAAUGUGGUUAGAAUGGUACAAGAAAAACAAUCAAUUUGACGGCCAGCGUGGGAAAUACG